AUGUCAACAGUGGAACUUUCGUGGCAAGUGUCCCGGGACACCGCCGUCCACCGGCUCCGGUUCGGGCAGGUGAACGGGGCCAUCGACGAUCUGGCCGAAGCCCUGCAAGCCGCACCGUCCGAUGGCGACGCACGGGAGCGGGUGCGGGUCGAGAAGGCACGAGCCGAGCUGGCGGCUUCCGGUCCGACCCGGGCACUGGAGACGCUGGCCGAGCCGCGGAACUAUCCUGGCACGCUGGUGCAUUGCCAAGCCCUGUACGAUGCUGCUGAACUCGAGCGCCAUCUGGUGGCCGCGGCUAACGGGCACCGCAGCCAGAGACCCACCGGAGGCCAUCGGCACCGGGACUUUGAAGCCGCCCUGAACCUCGGCCGUUCAACGUUUGACCAUACGCUCGGGGAGCAAGCAGGCCAGGCUUCGUUGUUGGAGUAUCGGCAUCGGUUUCCGGCGGUGGCCGCCGAACAGCUUGCGUUGCGGGAAGCGUCCGAUGGGCGUCCACGGUGGCAGGUGCUAGCGGAAGCCGGUGAGUGUGAUGCGGUCAGUGUGCAGGAGUUGGUCCAGCGGGAACCACCGAUCCGCGAACGGGCCCGACGGGCGAAAAACGCCCAAAUUCUCGGCCAACUCUAUCUCGGACGUGGCUGGGAAACGUGGACGUUCAUCCGGGAGUUACGGGCCGAUGGGCGGUACGGGAGUGUUAUGAACCUGCCGCAGACCAAAGCCAGUUCCCGGGCGAUGGCGGCACUGGUUGAGGACUGCUACGGGAAGAUAUCGACCCAGGUGAAGCAAUCCCAAGCGUGCUUCCCGAUGUACAGCCAGCGUUACGGACGAUUCGGGCCGGCGGAGAACAACCGGCGGCAGUGGUAUGAGAUCGACCAACUGCUCAAGUACCGCUACCGAGCGUACCGGGCCGUCUACGGGCAGUUCGAUCGUAUGCACGAACUACGGGACCGUGGCCAGGACUCGCAGCUGUUCCGGUUCGUCGGUGAAGUGUUGCGUGACUUCUACAAGAUCACCCCACGACGAGUGCUCCCGGAGAAGGGCAAGCUGGUGCGGGAGGUGUGCAACCUGGCCGGUCUGGCCGUCGUGGACGGGUUACGCAUUCCACCGAGCCUGAUGGACUCAGCCCCGGACGAAAGACUCCCGCUACUGUUCGCCGUCCCACCGGCCAAGGAGUCGAUCGUGGUGGUGCCCGUUUUCGGUGAUGCUUCGACGUACCGCGAUCCAACCGCACCGGAUCGUGGGUUCCUGCGGUACAAGGCCAAACUGGCGGAGCUGGAGAGUCGCCACCAACGCGCCGAGUAUCCGAUCGAGCGCUGCUUUCUGGACCACGAAAUGGCUCGGCUGCACCUGCGGAACGGCUGGCUGGACGAUGUGAAGGUCAUGGGCAACCGGAUUGCCGACGAAGCGAUCGAUUGCGGCAGUCACCUGUGGCAGCUGAUUGGGCAGCUGACCUAUGCCCGGGCCUUAUGCGCGCAGAACCAGCUGGAACAGCUGGAACCGGUGCUGCUCGCCAUCGGUCAGCACGUGAACCGUUCGCUGCCCGACGAGCGGGUUGCGUUUUUUGUCGAACUCGCCCGCAAGCUCACCAGGGACUCACUCGGCCGGAAGCGCUCGGUGGAGUUGACGGGUGACUCGUUGCAGUAG